AUGUGACACGAGCUCCUUCAGUUCAGUAGGCUAUUCACACGCUCUGAGUCACUGCGCGCUCGCCUGUGAGUGUGAAAGUCACUUGCGUUUUUCGCUCUUCCACUAGUUUUACAUUACGCGUGUUUUAACAUGUACUGUCCCACCGGGAACAUUACUUCAAAAUAACCAACGACCGUUUACGCGAUUUUGCUGACCGUUUUCCGAAAACCAAGUGUUUUGCGUAGGCUACGAGAGGCAAGAUAUCAAGUGUUCUGCGUUUGUGUAUGAAAGGAGUCAUCUAUGAGCUACAAUGAAGCAGAACCCAAAGACUGUAAGGAUGUGGAUGAUCAUCUGUCUUUUGUUCAGUUUGGGUCUAGCAGCAACAGAGAAUGACAGAGACUUUAAGAUGUGUGGAACAUGGCGCCAUGGAAAAGCACCCCGAAAUCUGAAUUAUGAUUUGAGAACAGGCUGUGAGGAAAUCGAGAUUUCUGCCAAUGAGAACACACUCUCUGUUCGGGGCAGUAUCACAGCGAAGUGCACACGAUCUUCAUCAAUUCCUCUGAAUUCAAACCCUCUUCAAAAUCAAAGUGAUUUCUGUGUGUUCUGGGAGCCGCUGCUGGACCUGCUGAUAGUGGAGGUGAAUGGAAAGAAUCACACUCUGUGUAAACCAAAAGACCUUCAAGAAAACUGCUGCACAAACCUCUCACCUGGGAAGCAGAAAAAUGCCAGUCUGUAUGGUAUUGUGAAAGGCAGCAUCCAUGGUGAUAUCAUCACCGACAAUGUCAUGGAAAAAUAUGCAUUUGAAGGACAGUCAAUCAACUGCAAGAAGAAUUUCUGUGAUGAGGCUAUAAGUCAGACGUCCAGAGGAGCAAACAUGAUAGAGAAUGUAGUGAUGAAAUCUAAUACAACAGGUCGUGUGGAUCUACCUUGUGCUCAAAGCACAAUUAUUGAGAUGAAAGAGGGCUUCACAGGACUUCAUUUAACUCUGCCAGCCUCUGGAACUGAAGCACGAAACACGAUACCCUCCGUUUAUCUUCCCUCCUGCCUGAAAUCAGCAACAAAGAGCAAGUCCAAAGUGGUGUGUACUCACUACAAGGCCAGGAAAUUAUUUCAGGGGGGACCCUCUGAUUCAACUCUUCUGGAUGAUGUAGUUGGACUCUCUGUGGAAAAUGAGAUUAUCAAAAACCUCCCAGAACCUGUCAAAAUCACAUUUCACCACCUUCCCUUUCCAGCCAACUGUUCUGGAAAAUGUGUUUCAUGGGAUACAAGAAUAGACAAUGAAGUGAAUUGGAGAGGCAACGGUUGUAAUACGUUUAACAUCAAUGAAAGAAAGACAGAAUGUCAUUGUAAUCACCUUACAUACUUUGCUAUUCUUGUGCAAGUGGAACAGAAGGCUACAGUUCGCCAUCUGAAGGCUCUGACGUUCAUUACCGCUGUGGGCUGUGCCGUGUCUUUAGUUAGCUGUUUGGUUCUCUUCUAUUGGCUCUGUAAACGCAGAAUAGGGAAGAAAAACCAGACCUCACUGGUGCACCGUGGUCUGGUGGCGGCAAUAUUUCUUUUGUGCUUGUUCUUCAUUCUUACCGGUACAGUGGCCAAUGUUGAAAAUGAAACAGCUUGUGUGAUAACAGGAUCUCUUCUGCAUUACUCAUUGCUAAGCACCCUCUGCUGGAUGGCUAUGGAAGUGUUUCACACAUUCUUGUUAGUCCGCAAGGUGUUCAGCUCAAAUAUUCCUCCAUGGGUCUUUUACUUGGGGGGAUUUGGUCUCCCAGCUCUGCUAGUCAUCAUACUGCUCUCAAUAGGGGAUAUUUAUGGUGAAAGAAGGAUUGUGCCAAGUGAAAAUAUCACCGGUCCUUACCUCAUGUGCUGGAUGAUGGAAAAGGACAAGAGUCUACUGGCCCAUUACAUCAUUAAUAUUGGCUUACUGGCUGUUGUGGUGAGCUCUGGUGCAGUCAUGCUUUUCCUUGUGGUGAAGGAGAUCCACAAUCGACCCGAAUGGAAGAAGAUUCACGUGUCUUUUCUCAGUAUCUGGGGUCUCACCUGUCUGUUUGGCACAACUUGGGGCCUUGGUUUCUUUGAUUUUGGCCCUCUCUCAGAGGCUACCCUCUUCCUCUUCUGUAUUAUCAAUUCCUUACAAGGGUUUUUUCUCAUGCUGCGAUACUAUGCUCUUGAGAGGAUGAAAAAGAAAGAUGACUCCAGUUCGGAUGGGAGCAGUUCUGCAUCUUCAAAACAGCAUAUGCUACAGACUAAUGAAAAGAGUUAAAAGUCUGGUGAAGCUCAAACAGUGUCUUUCUGAAAUUGCCAAAUUUCAGGGGUUUUUUUACCUUGAAAAUGUAUUCGCAAAGGGCAUUUGUAAAGAUCAUUUUAUGUCCUGCUGGUCAGGAAGUUGAAAGGUCCUCAGAUGACAUUGCAAUGUCAUUUAGUCACAGAGCGUUAGAUAACUGAGCAUAAAUGCUUCACCUGUCAUAAGCUGCAUUUCUGUAUUCAUAGUCUUAGUGUGAGUAUGAUAGUUUGUUUCGUUUUCUCAAGCGACCCUUGCACUUUAAUUUUUUUUACAACUGUGUAAAACUGCUGUAUUCAUUGUGAUGUAAAUAGGAGUUCUACCAAAUCACUUUUUCAGUAAGAAAAAAAAAAUUGUGGUCAAAAAGUAGUGAGUUGUGAGUUAAAGCGUUUGUGCCAGUUUAAACUGCCAGUGCAUUCCUCAAUGUGCAUUUUCAGAAUCAAAAAUGAGCUCAGCAAAUUCUGUAUUUUGUUUAGUUCUGUCAGAAGUUGCACUUUCUGUUAUAGAGUUUUGUAAUGAAGCAAAGUAAAGCACAAACUUUACUUUUUGGUUUGUAUUAAGUAUUUUUAUGUGUAUUUCUGUUGGAAUAUAAUAAUAUGGAAUACAUAAUAUAAAUAUUA